AGCGCAACUGCCCCAGACCCCUGCCCUGCCUGCGCGGUCCCGAUCCGAGGAGGAGGGGGAAAGCGUGUGUGUCUGCAGCCCCUGCACCAGCCGCCCCCGGCUCUGCACCAUUCGCUGGGCCCACCUUGAUUAAAGUGGCAGCCCCCCUCCCUUUCCUCUCGGAAUCCGGAUACACCGUGAAGCCAGGGAGGGGCCGGGGGAUCCCGGAGCAGCCAGCGCUGUCCAGGCAGCGGAAUCGCCUGGGGGGAGCAGAAGAUGGACGCCCCGCGGAGCCCCCCGCAGCUGGACCGGGACCUGCUGGAGUCUCCCGAGGGCUGCCCGUCCCCUCUGGAGCUCAAGUCUGGCCCCAGCAAGAAGAUGUGGGUGAAGCUGCGGGCACUGCUGAGGUAUAUGGUGAAGCAGCUGGAGAAUGGCGAGGUGAACAUCGAGGAGCUGAAGAAGAACCUGGAGUACACAGCUUCACUGCUGGAGGCCGUCUACAUCGAUGAGACCAGGCAAAUCCUGGACACAGAGGAUGAGCUGCAGGAGAUCAAGUCGGACGCGGUGCCGUCCGAGGUGCGGGACUGGCUGGCCUCCACCUUCACCCAGCAGACCCGUGCCAAGGGCCGGCGCUCUGAGGAGAAGCCCAAGUUCCGCAGCAUUGUCCAUGCUGUUCAGGCCGGCAUCUUCGUCGAGAGGAUGUUCCGCCGGACGUACACAGCCGUGGGACCUAACUACUCCACCUCUGUCAUCAACUGCCUGAAGACCCUGGACCUGUGGUGCUUCGACGUGUUUGCGCUGAACAGGGUGACGGAGGACCACGCCCUGCGCACCAUUGUCUUUGAGCUGCUCACCAGACACAACCUCAACAGCCGCUUCAAGAUCCCCACUGUGUUUUUAAUGACCUUACUGGACGCACUGGAGGCUGGCUAUGGGAAAUACAAGAACCCCUACCACAACCAGAUCCAUGCGGCUGACGUGACCCAGACUGUGCACUGCUUCCUGCUGCGCACUGGCAUGGUGCACUGUCUGACGGAGAUUGAGGUCCUGGCCAUCAUCUUUGCAGCUGCCAUCCACGACUAUGAGCACACGGGCACCACCAAUAGCUUCCACAUUCAGACCAAGUCUGACUGCGCCAUCCUGUACAAUGACCGCUCGGUGCUGGAGAACCACCACAUCAGCGCCGUCUUCCGCAUGAUGCAGGAGGACGAGAUGAACAUCUUCAUUAAUCUGGCCAAGGAUGAGUUUGUGGAGCUGCGGUCCCUGGUGAUUGAGAUGGUCCUGGCCACGGACAUGUCCUGUCACUUCCAGCAGGUCAAGUCCAUGAAAACCUCCCUCCAGCAGCUGGAGAGGAUCGAUAAAUCGAAAGCGCUGUCGCUGCUGUUGCAUGCAGCCGACAUCAGCCACCCCACCAAGCAAUGGAGCGUCCACAGCCGCUGGACCAAGGCUCUGAUGGAGGAGUUCUUCAGACAGGGGGACAAGGAGGCUGAGCUGGGCCUGCCCUUCUCUCCGCUCUGUGAUCGCAAGUCCACGCUGGUGGCCCAGUCCCAGAUCGGUUUCAUCGACUUCAUCGUGGAGCCCACUUUCUCGGUGCUGACGGACGUGGCAGAGAAGUUUGUCCUCCCGCUGAUGGAAGAAGGCUCCAAGUCUAAGUCCUCCUCCAGCCAGCAGAGCAGCUCCCAAUGGAGGCAGCCUUCCCUGGACGAGCAUUCAGAGCUGGGUGACAUCAACACCGACAUCACCAGCUUCCGCUCCACCUGGACCAAGUACAUCCAGGAGAACAAGCAGAAGUGGAAGGAGCGAGCGGCCAGCGGGAUCACUAACCAGACAUCCAUAGAUGAGCUGUCACCAUGCGAGGAGGAGCCACAUGCACCCGAAAACCAGCACAAUCAGAAUGGCGAUGUGGAAUAGCACAGUCUACGAGGGAGUGAGGUCCCAUUUCCAACUGAAUGAUGCAGUUUAGUCCAAAGUCUUCGAUGCCAUCGAAAUCAACACCAUCGCAGGAGGAGCCGCCGCAGGCCAGAGGGCGAGCAGGAACAACCAUUGCCAAGAUAUAAAAAUUAAUGUAAACUUAGAGUCAAGGGAAAUCCUGAUGUCACCGAGCACAUGGCCUGAACCCAACAAAGCCUUUCCUCGCCGCCGCCACCACCCCAGAGCUCUGGCAUGGCCAGGCCAGCCACCAGCCCUGCCAAGCCAGGUACUAUAGGCCCCUGUUCCAGCUGCCUUCCUGCCCCACCCCUCCAGCUGGGGCUAUCAGAGGCAUCUCACUGCCCAGCCAGCAACCUCCCGGAGCUGCUGGGCCAGGGCUUUGCCUGUGUCUUUUUAGAGGACGUGUUCUCUGGAAUCCCAAUUUGCCAGACGCCCAGGGAUGAUUGAGGUGCAGAGGCUUCAGGGUGAUCCACAGGCCUGUGGGAGGAGUUUGGGGGAGAAUGGGGUGCCAAAUUGGUCACUUGGGCAAUUGUGGACUCCAGCAGUGCCCCCAGGGCAUGUCACAGCUGCUUACCUGCCCACUGGAGCCAGGAUGGAUGACCACUGCACAAUACCUGUCUGGGGUGAUGCCUGCACCCCCCAGACUCAGAGCCCCAGGGCCUACCCUUAGAACAGAACAUGGGCUGGGUUGCCCCUUGUACCCCCAGACAGACACACCCACUCCUCGCAGGCCAGAAUCUCCUCCCCGUCUCUAGUGGGGUCCCUGCAGAGGAGGGUCUGGCCUCCAGUGGCAAACCCUCCUGACUUGCAGCCCCAAUAUGUAUCUACCCGGAGCCCAACAUUCAAACAGACCCUGUGCCAGGCUCAGGCCCAGCAUUGUGAGAACAGCUAUUGGGCUCCUACCUGCCAGGCCAAGCCCCCAGCUGUGGUGUGGGAUUUGGGCCCACCUUGGGCCCAGGCUGGAAAAGUGGGCGCCAUGGUGUGACACUCCCUGUGCGUUAAACCCCCUUUCUCAGGGCUCCCCUCCAAUUUGAUUGGGUCAGGACCCACUCUCCUUCCUGUGGGGAACCCAGGAGCUCCCUGCAGAUGUCAUGGGGCUGGCGUGGGGGUUGUGGUAUUUGACACCAAGGGGCUGUUGUGUGGAAUCUGCUCUCGCCGGGUCCCGUGCAAGUUACAGAUGCAAGCCCCAUGUUACACAUGUGGGGAGUGUGUUUGUUCUGUGCCUCCUUGCACAUGGGUCCUUGCAGCAUGACGGGAGGCUCCACUGGUCAUGGGGCGGGGAGUGUACACGCUUUUGCCUGGAUAAACACUUGCUAAACAGUAAAGGAGCCAGGUACACGCUCCACAGUAAGGCCAGGUGAAGCCACGUCUCCCAGAAGUGCAGGGUAAUAAACGGAACUGAGACAAGGGCUUCCCAAGCCCUCGCCACCCCACCACCCCCUCCAUCCUGUGUCUCUCACUAGGCCCCUGAGCCACACCUGUGGAGGAGGGCAUGGAAGGACGGGCAGGGACCGUGGGAGGUGUGUUCACCCUCCGCCCUGUGGGGUAGAAUGACCAUAACAGAGCAGAUUAUUACUCUGAUCCGUAUCCUGUGGCUGGAGGGGGGCUCCAGAGCAGGCCCCUUUGCACACCUGGCUGUUAACAGGACUCGGCUCACAAGCGCAGGGUGGCCUGGAGCAAACUCCACAGCCCCAUUCCCACCUCACAGCACAGGGAUGGUGGGUUUGUUGUUUUGUUUUUGUUUUUGUUUUUUUUUGGGGGGGGAGCACGUUUGAACCCUGAACUCUCGGCCUGGUCGACUCACACGUGCAAUGACUGUGGCAGCCUCAGUUUACCACCAUUAACUCUACUGAGUUGCCGUGGGCUGUGGUGCAGCAGGAUUCAGCAAGAGCCAUGGGAGCCAGCAGGCUCUAGGGGCCUUGGCAGAGCUGGGGGCAGGACUGGACUAGCGGGGCUGGGGGGCUGUGCACCCUAGAGGGGCUGGAAAGGGACUGAAGAAUAGGUUGUGAUAGACUAGCAUUGGCAGAGCUGUGUGUCUGGGGGGCUCAGAUAGCAGGGGCUGCAGGUUGGGAUUGAGGGGCAUCGGCAGAGCAGGGGCAGGGGAGCCCAGGGCUGAGCUACCAGGGGGCUGCAGGUUGGGAUUGAGGGGCAUCGGUAGAGCUGGAGCCGGGGAUCCCAGUGGCUGCAGAUUAGGAUUGAGAGGCAUCAGUAGGGCAGUGACUGGGGAACCCAGGGCUGGGAUCACAGGCGCUGCAGGUCAGAACUGAGGGGUAUCAGUGGGGCGCCGGUGGGGAUGCGUGCAUGAAGCCUGUCUCUAUCCAGCCCACUCUGUAUCAAACUGUAAAUAUUAAGUUCCCCCUGAUUCCCAGGGUCACAGGGACUCUGUUCCAGCCGGCUCUGUGGUGGGGUUGUUUGGGAGCUGUCCAAGGCUGGACUUCCCACGGGUUCAUGGGUCAGGAAAAGCCAGAGGAUUUGUCUAGAUUUGUCUAGAUGAGGAAAGCCCAGAGCUGCGGGUGAGCCUGCUCCAGUCAGCUACCUUGGCCUGACCUCAGGUGACCUCGAUUAGGGAGUGGCACUGUCUGUGCUUGGCCAGUGGAUGUGAGCGAGGACACCAGGGGGAGCUAGGGAGGAGAUAAGUGCGUAUUUAGCGCGUAUGUGUAAUAGUACAGGCAGGGAGCUGGGAGUUAGGACUCCUGGGUCCUAUCUGCAGCUCUGGGAGAGGGGUGGGCUCCAGUGGAUUAGAGCGGCGGGAAAUGAGGACUCUUGGGUUCCAUUUCCAGCUCCGCUACUUCGAGGGUGACCAGGGCCAAGUUACCCCGCCUCAGUUUCCCCCGCUGUCUAAGGGGUUAAUGACAUUUCCCCAGGGGGUUGCCAGGCUAAAUUCACUGCUGGUUGUCAAGUGUUUGGAGACGCUUGGAUGGGAGAGGGGAAAGGGGGUGUGAGUGGGGAGCUGGGCUCCACACUUGGCACUUCCCGGACUACAAAUCCAAGAAACCCUUCCACUAAAACGCCAGCCUGUCCUGCAGCACAUGCUGGGGGCUGCAUGCUCAGGGGGCUGACAGGUGCACUUGGUAUAGGGGCUGGCUGCCCUGUGGUGGGGGGCACUGGAAGCUGCAUGCUUAGGUGCCAGAGUGGAUGCUGGGGGAGGGGGGGGCUAUAGGGGCUGGGAGCCUCCUACUUUGAAGAGCUGGGAGCUAAGGACUUGGUGGGGGUGGGGGUGAGGCUGAAGUACACUUGCUAUAGGGGCCAGGAACCCUGGGAGUGGCUGGGAUGUACGCUUGCUAUAGGGGCCAGGAACCCUGGGAGUGGCUGGGAUGUACGCUUGCUAUAGGGGCCAGGAGCCCUGGGAGUGGCUGGGAUGUACACUUGCUAUAGGGGCCAGGAGCCCUGGAAGUGGCUGGGAUGUACGCUUGCUAUAGGGGCCAGGAGCCCUGGGAGUGGCUGGGAUGUACGCUUGCUAUAGGGGCCAGGAGCCCUGGGAGUGGCUGGGAUGUACGCUUGCUAUAGGGGCCAGGAGCCCUGCUCUCGGUGAGGGGUUGGGAGCCAGGUGCUCUGGAGGGUCCCUGAGGUGUACUUGCUGCAGGAGCUGGGCACUUGGGAGGGAGUGGGAGGUGCACCGCGGUAGGGGCUGAGAGCCACUGCUCAGGGGAGGUGGGGGUGCACUUGCUGUACAGGCUGGGUGCUCUGGCGGGACAGGGAGAUGCACCAGCUAUAGGGCCUGGGAGCCGCAUGCUCUAAGGAGUGCACUGGCUAUAAGGGCUGGGCGCUCUGUGUGUGUGUGCUGGGGGGAUGGACAGGUAUAUCUUGCUAUAAGGGCUGGGCGCUCUGCAGUGGGUGGGGACAGGCAGGUAUAUCUGCUAUAAGGGCUUGGUGCUCUGUGGGGAGGAGGCAGUUAUCCCUGCUAUAAGGGCUGGGUGCUCAGGGGGUGUGGUGGGCAGGUAUACUUGCUAUCAGGGCUAGGCGCUCGGGGAGGGGAAGGGAGGUAUACCUGCUAUAAGGGCAGGGUGCUCAGGGGAGGGCUGGCAGGUAUACUGGUGCGUCAAGCCAUAGGACCACUGGGGUCUAGCCCGACUCUAGGAGGGGCAUGGCAAAUGGAGAGGGGGUUAGAGCAGGGGGACUGUGAGUCAGGAGAUCUAGUGGUUGGAAUGGGAGAGUGGGACUCAGGACAGGGGUUCUAGGCCAGGCUUUGGGAGUGAAUGUGUCUGGUGGUUAAAACAGGGAGCUGAGUGGGUCCAUCUUUGCUGCUGACUUGCUGUGUGGCUUUGGGAGAGUCACCUCAUGGCCCGUGUUGAGUCCCCUCCUCUGUAAAAGGGGGCUAGUGAUGCUGUCCCACCUGGCAGAGUGAGGGCUUGUUUGGGGGCUGAGUCUGAUCUGCAGGGAGGCGGGAGGGCAAAGGUACCAGAGAGGAAGAGCAAAGGGAGACAAAGCCCCACCCCACUCAGAGCCAGUGGCCUGUUCUUAGAGCACCCAAGCAUCAACUUCAGGCCACAUCCUGCUCCUGCCCACACCAUGGAAAAUCACCCAUGGAAAACCCUCCUGAAGGCCUGACCCAGAAAGCACUGAGCACAAGCACUGUCUCUGAGGUCAAUGGAAGGCAGCAGGGCUCAGCACCCCACAGGAUCAGGCACUAGGUGAGACAGAAUCAGGCCCAGAAUCAGCAGCUCCCCAUCAUGAGCGUCCGUGGGACUGACCUCACCAAACUGGCUUCCUUUCAGCUGUGAGGACCUUUAACCUGGUCGCUGCUUAGCGGCCACACAAGAUUGCAGCCUGCCCCAGUGGCCAUGAGUUGCUAAGCUCUCCUGCCCCGCACUGUAAAUACACCCAAGCUCACCUCCGCCAUGGGUAUUCUCUGUACGUGUUUGUACUUCGGGCAUAAUUUUCUACCAUGCAGUUACUCUUUGUUUCUCGAAACUGGUUAUUAUACGAACAGCUCCACAUUCCGAUGCUGAGCCCAAACUGUGCGCAUGUAAAAAUGAAACUAAGGAACUAAUCAAAAAAACUACACGAAGGACAAAUAAAAAACAAAAGAGAAUUAAAAA